GUUUGAACACGACUCAAGACAAGUUCGAUGCCUUCCGGUGAUGCACCAUGUCAGCUUGAGGCUUUAAAGGAUGGUCAGAGAGAUGCCGUGGCCGCAUUGGCAGAGCGUUUGAGAGAAAAGGAGAAAGAUGUCGGCGAAGGCCUCUAUGAUGAUUCGUUGGCAUUGGUGCGCUACCUCCGCGCCAGGAGCUGGGAUGUUGAUCGGGCUGAAACCAUGAUUCGAGCAACUGGCACCUGGCGCAAGGACUUUGGAUUUUCAAACAUUUUCACCGGUGAGUGCGCCGACGAAAUUGCACAAGAAGCCCAUUUGGGAAACAUCUAUGUCCGUGGUUAUGAUAAGCAGGGCCGUCCGGCACUGUACUUCAAGCCGGGCAGAGAAGGUUUCAAUGCCGAAGCGGCAGGCAUCAAGUAUUUGGUCUAUUGCCUCGAACGGGCAAUUGCAUGCCUAGAGAGGCAAGCCAAGCUGGGUCAAUUGAGCCUAUCCCCUGAGGAUCCAGUGGCUCGAAAAUUUGUCCUACUCGUUGACUUUCACGGUGUUGGACUUGGUAGCUUGGUACCUUUAACCAUCGUCCGCGACCUCAUGGUCAUUAUGCAGG